AUGGAGCGGUGGUUUCAAUAUGAAUCUGGGAUGCCAUGGUGCGAAUCCGCCUACAAGUACCAAACAUUGCCCAUGGUGGCGGAGUUCGCGAAUACUGUAACCAAUCUGCCUAUUAUCGUAUUACCAAUGAUCAAUGCGAUGAUGUUACGUGACUAUAUUAUGGAAGAGAACUGGCUGAUUGUGAUGCCGAACUUGUUGUUAACUAUUAAUGGCUUGGCUUCGACGUUUUAUCAUGCUACGUUGAGCUUGUUUGGUAUGUUUUUAAGUUUAGGGUAAGCGUGGGUGAGGGUAAUAGGGGGUGGUUUGCAUAGAUCUGCAAAUUUUCCCUGGUUUCUAUGUGGAUUACGGUAAGAUGACAUUUUUGGUACUAGGUCACAAAUUAUUUUUGUAAAUUUUUUAAAAAAUACUGUAGUACCAUACCCUACGACUUCAAAAAAAACAUAAUUACGAAAUAUUUUUAAAAUUUUUUUGUAUUAUUUAUAUUAACCAUGUUGUUAUAGGUCAACUGGUAGACGAACUAGCACUGUUAUGGUUGGUUAACAUGUGUGUUAUCACUUAUCUCCCCAUUUUAAAAACAUAUCCAGCACAGUACCGGCAUAGGAUGUGAGUUUUCCAACUUUAUAUUAUUUUAGGUAACAAAUUUAAAUUUUCACUUUGAUUUUAAAAUUUUAAACCCGAAUCUCACAUCCGCCGUAUUUUACAAACCUCAAUUUCAGACCAGAAAUCCGAUGGGCGAUUGUGAUCAUCACAACACUGGUCAGUUUAUUGUGUUUCAUAAAGCCGUCGUUGAACGCGUUUGCCUUGAUGAUCGUCAGUAUUCCCAGCGGAUUCAUGAUCUACCAGGAAGGAAUCAAGUGAGUUGUUUAACAAAAAAUUAUUUUUAUAGUCUGGAAAUCCAUAAAAGGCUUUAUUAAACCAUUUUUGGGCAAUUUUGACAGCAAUUUUGCAUUCACAUGUAAGUAGAAAUGAGCAACGGGCCGGGCCCUACCUUCGGGCCGGGCCUGAGCAAAAUCGAAAACGGGCCGGGCCUAAAAUCUAGGCCCGGCCCGCGGGCCGGGCUUGAAAAUUGGGCCCGGGCCCGAAAAAAAAAUUUUUAAUUUUUUAAAAUUUUUUAUUUUAAUUCCCGUUUAUGUUUUUCGAUUUUAUUGGAUUCUAUGAUCCAUAAAUGACCUAAAAAAACAAUUUAAAGCCAAAUUUCCGUUUAGUUUUUAAGUUUUAAAGUUUUUUAAAUUUUUUAAAUUUUUUGAAACGGGCCGGGCCGGGCCUAAAAAUUUUCUGAUCGGGCCGGGCCGGGCCUGACCAAAAUCAAAAACGGGCCAGCCCUAAAAGUUAGGCCCGGCCCGCGGGCCGGGCUUGAAAAUUGGGCCCGGCCCGUUGCUCAUGUCUACAUGUAAGGCUUGAGUUGGUCCUGCAACGAAAACAAAGGAUGCUAAUUUUUGAAAAAAUCGAUUUGGCGUUCCAUUGCACAUGGAAAGUUUUGAUAAAAUUUGGCCGAACUUGAAGUUUAUGAUAAUAUAACACUUUAUAAAGAAGUAAUAAAGUCAAUUUUAACUUCAUAAGCUCAAAAAUUGUCUUAUCUAUAAUAUCUUGUCAAUUUCCAGUAAGUCUUUACUCAUUUUCUCAUGUUUAGGAAUGGAUUUCCAGCGGCAGAGAAGUUCACCUGGCGAGUUUUCACGUGUUGGGGCCUUGCCAUCGCCUUUUGGCUAGCCGAUCGAUUAUUCUGCGACUUUUGGUUGUAUCUAGGAACUCCAUAUCUUCACGCCAUGUUCCAUUUGCUUUCAUCUAUGGCCGCAUACAAUAUCUUUGUCAUGUUCGGGCUGUUGGAGAUCAACCGAAGAGAAGGUCUACAUGAUUUUGAUGCCGAAAUCCGCUAUUUCCCGACUGAUUUUGAGACGAACAAACCGUUGAGAUGGUCUGUGCCUUAUUUGGCUUUGGUUCGAAAAGCCAAACGCGUGGAAUGA